AUGGACUUCAAUACAAGCUCCUACGCUAGAAGCAAAUCUCGCCGAUCGCACACUAAAUCUCGCCUUGGGUGUGGGAACUGCAAGAGAAGGCGAAUCAAGUGCGAUGAAACUGGGCCUGAAUGUAUCAAUUGCGUACGCCAUUCGAUCAAAUGCAACUAUGGUCAAUCCUCGCGGCGAGUCACUCCCACAGGGCCAGGACAAAACGCCGUCGUGUUGCCUCGUGAUCCCAACGAGCAGACGACAAAGGGAUAUGCAUUCAUAUCCUCAUCCCAGUCAGCCUUUGCCGUUCCAAAACGGGCUCAUCGUGAGGCUGCAGUCUCGCCGUCGCAGCCGUCUCCAUCAUCUGAAUCUGAGAGCACGGUGGCUCGAAGUACAUUUCAGUUUACAGCAAGUGAUAUGGUUCUAUUUCAUCACUGCCUUUCAGCGGAAGACCUCAAAGGCCAUAUACCAGACCAGCUUAUUCGGCUUGGAUUCUCUGUUCACUAUGUGUUGCACUUGCUUCUGGCGGUCUCUGCAUUUUAUCUCAAGCGAACGUCGGAAAAUAAUAGAAUGCACUGCCUUCUACAACCGGAUUUUAAUUGUGGCGUUGAGGCCGAACGCCAUCUCAGCACUGCCAUUGCACAGGUUGCAGCUACAGACCCGCACAUGGACCAAGGCAACAGUCACACACUUUACAUCGCUUCCCUGUUUAUCUUCAUCUGCUCGCUUGCCAGAGGGCCUCAGCCCAGCGAGUACUUGGCGUUCCGCGAUGACAACGACACACCUACACUAUGUCUUUUCAAUGGUAUGCGAUCGAUCUUAGAGGCCAGUAAGAAUUCUGGUAUUUCUUCGGGUAUCUCAGAAGUGCAUGCCCCUGAGAUGCAAGAGCUAUCCCCGCAGCAAGCGCGAGAGUCGGAACAGAUCCAGAACCUCCCAUCUCACGAGAUCAUCAACUACAAUAUUGGCGCCUCAAGUCAAUAUUCACAGCCACUAAGCAACCUCCGAAUCCUGAUAUUGAACACAUUCCACCCAACCGACCCCCGCCAUUCGGCUUACUGUGAUGUAUUUGAGCUGCUUCGGUCACGAUAUGAUUCCAUACUCGGUCCUGUUCCUAUUGCUGGCCCUGAGCUGUGGCCUCAGAUAUUUAGUUGGCUAUAUCUGCUGCCGGAUGUCGCUGCACAUGAUAUGCAACAAAAGCAUCCUAUAGCAUUAUUGCUGUUUUCCUAUUUUGCGGUAUUGCUUAAUGAGCUUGAUUCAGUUUGGUUUAUUCGAGGGUGGCCUUCACAUAUUGUGAAAGCGGUGCACACAAGGUUGGGCGAGUACCACCGGCCAUUUCUUCUUUGGCCAAUGAAUGAGCUUGGCUUGAUUUGA